AUGGUUGAGAAUGGUGCAAUGAAAUCCAGUUCUGCGAGCGUUGACAGGCUGGCAGGAAUGGAUGUAGGGUACGAAAGAGGGGCCGGGGUGCCCGGAUGCGAGUGGGUGUAUUCACCGCCUCCUGACAACCAGCGUGAGUUCGAAUUUCCUGAAGAUGGACUUUCGUUUUCCUCUCGAUUUGACAGUGGCAACCUGAUACAGGUGGAGCGUGUUGCUGCGUAUCGAUAUAACAUGUAUACUUCUCCCGACUGCGGCAAUACGUCAAAGCAAACGAACAACCGACAAUGGUUUCAUUUUGCCAUUCGUGGGGGAAGUCGUGGAUGCGUCAUCACUUUCACGUUUGUGGGUAUGAUGCACAGCAAGAUGUUUACGUAUGGGUGGACGCCGGUGGUGGCGGUGUGCCCAGGAAGGCCUCAGUACACGCGGCUGCCUGGCAAAGCAACCGUCGUGGCCCUUGACACGAUGCCGCCGACGCCGGGUUACCCCGGCUUUGUCAUCAAGCCAUGGUCAAAGAAGGCCUCUGAGACAGAAAUGGCUCUUGAUGGCGGGAGCGAAACCGUGGAUGGGAACGGUAGUUCCGAGGGGGGUCCUGAUGUCAUAGAAGUGGCCUUGAAUACCGUCAGGAAGAAGAAAAAGGAAAGUGCCGUUGCUAUGAACUUGACGUUUGAAGUGCGGCUAGAAAUUGAUGCCCCUCUCAGCUCGCCUGUUUACCCCCUCGGACACCCACAAUGCCCGGCGACGUACGUUGCCAGCAACCAUCCCUACUCCUACACGACGCUACAACAAAAUAUAAAAGCGUGGAGGCAGCAAACUGUUUGGGGAAGAAAAAAUGGAUUUGAGGAGGAGCCAAACGAGAGUUCAAACCCGUUGUUCCCGUCAUCGAAAUAUUUUCAUCACGAGAUCCUUUGCAAAUCACUGGAUGGGCGAAACGUGGACCUGCUCACCAUCACCGAUAGAAAUGGUCUCUGUAUUGAGCACUGCCCUUUGUAUGGCAAGGGCGAUGUUCCGUACUCCUCUGCAAAAGGUUAUACCGAACGACCCCAUCAAUUUACUGGAAAACAAUUUGUUGUCCUUACCGCUCGUGUACAUCCAGGUGAGUGCCCAUCAAGUCACCUGAUGCAUGGUUGCAUAGAGUUUCUGCUUAGCCAAGCCGAUCCCCGCGCCAUUGCGUUGCGCUCACGUUUUGUGUUUCUCCUCGUCCCAAUGAUUAAUCCGGAUGGCGUUGCCAGAGGGCAUAGCCGUGCAGAUACCGAGGGCGUUAAUCUUAAUCGUAUGUACCGAAAUCCUUGCAAGCGUCGUCAACCUGCACCCUAUUCUAUACUAAGCAUGCUGCGUUCUGUUAGCUCCGUAAAGGGGAGACUGGCUCUUUUUAUCGACAUGCACGCUCACGCAAAUAAAAGAGGAGUGUUUUUUACGGAAACUCGAUGGAUGCUCCAGAAUUGCUUCAAAGCCUCUUGUAUGCAAAGUUAG